UUUUUCAUUAGUCCUGAAGACUUUGACCGCGGUUAAGGAUCAUCCAAAGUGCAUUUGUUUAGUUCCUAGAUUUAAAAAAAAAAUCACAAAUUUUUCUCCAACGCGGUUCCUAGUGUCAAGUGUGGGGUAGAUUUUUUGACAAUUUCGUGAGUGGGGAGAAAAUUAGGGGUUUCAAAAUUCUUUUGUGAGCGGCACUUGUCUCUGUGUCAGGUGUUUUUAGGAGCGGUUUUUGGUGAAAGUAUUUUUGGAACCUCCCUUCAAGACUGCUUCAAAUUCUACUUGAAGAUAUUUGGAUACUUGGAUAAUGGAAUAACUCACAUACACUGAAGAACCCUUCAUCAUUAUCUUACCAUGACACUACCGCAAUAAGAUGCUCUCCAAGGAUUAGACUCUCGACCAAUAGCAAAGCAUAAAUCAUGGACUCAUCAGACAUGAGCAUGAGCGGUGGCGUGGGUUCGGAUGUCACCUACGAUGCUUCCACAUCAGAAGGCUCACGGACCACAGACGAUUCGUCACAGACUGUUGUUAUGGAUACUAACCACAAGACUUCGCUUAUUAUUCCGGGGCCAGAUAGUGACUCCACCACCAGAUCACGUGACGGUUUGGACAACCCCGCCUUCGAUUCGGGGGAGACCCAGGCACCCCCACCAGCCACCCGACCCCCUCUAGCGAUACCCUCUUCGACCCCUCCACCAGCUGUCAAAAAUGGUCGACCCACGAUCGUUCACCCCCAUAUGAUGGAUGGUACAAGCCCCAUUGUGACAUCACAAACUGGCACUGAAUCAAACUCUACCAUGACGUCACAACAGGGCAACGGAGCCUCGAUGACGUCACAACCAGGCAACGAUGCGAGCUUCCUGAAUUCUACAGUAACGUCACAGACGGGCAAUGGAGCCUCUAUGACGUCACAACAGGUCACAGAAGCUGUGAAUUUGGAGCUGGUUAACAUGAAGCCGUAUUCGACCAAUGGGGUGAACGGAAUCCCCGCCAAAAAGUCUGAUUCAGCUUUGGAUAUGGAUGUGCAUGAUCCUUAUGACGAGUAUUUUGUGCCUGUCAAUGAACAUAGGAAGUAUAUAAGGGGAGAAAAACUGUAUGUAACAAAGGACAAGCGACAUACACCGACCAAUAGAAAAUGUUGUUGCUGGAGCCUUGGACUGAUUACUCUAGCAGCCGUUAUUGUAGUAGCAUUUCUAGUAGGAACUGGGGUAAUUCUAGCGCCAGAAGAAGUCACCCCAGUGGAAAGCCGAAACCUGAGGGUAGGGUCUGUUGGAGGUGGGAUUCUGGUGGGGGAAAAACACCCCCCUCCACCUGAAACCACGCCUUCCCCGACCCCCACCACUCCACCAUUCUCAAGGUCACCUACCACUGAGCAAUCAGCUGUUUUUGUGCCCAAGGUCGUUCAAGGAGAACUCACCAUUGCUAACAUGGAGUUUACGCCGGGAUUGGCUGAUAGUAACUCGAGCGAGUUUAAGAUGCUGGCUAUGUCCCUAGAGGAUGAGUUGAAAACGGCUGUCUUUGAUAGACAAACUCUGAACUACGGCCCAUCAGACAUAUUUUGCAAAGUCAUCAGUUUCCUGUCAGGAAGCGUGAUAGUCCGUUACCGAAUUGGAUGGGUGUUCAAGAGCGGCAUAAUCAACCCUCCAGAUCCCAUUUCAACCGAAGCUUUGAAGCAUCGUCUACAGACUCAUCUUAGGAACCAUGACAGCUUCCUAUACAACUAUCGGCUACCUUCACAUAGUCUCAAGGCUUCUUUGGUGGAAGACAGAUGUAAGAUGGACAAUGGAGGCUGUUCGCAUCACUGUGAAUUUGACUUUGAGAAUUUGAACUUCAUGUGCUCCUGUCCUGUUGGCAUGAAACUGUCACAAGAUGGCGUCACCUGUCACAGAGAAGAAGAUGAACCAAAAUCAGAACCUGAACCAAAGUCUGAACCGGAACCAGAACCAACUUCAGAGCCUGAACCGAAAUCGGAGCCUGAACCAGAACCAAAGUCUGAACCUGAACCUGAACCAACAUCAGAACCUGAACCUAAAUCAGAGCCUGAACCUGAACCAAAGUCUGAACCUGAACCAGAACCAAAGUCUGAACCUGAACCGGAGCCAACUUCAGAACCUGAACCCAAAUCUGAACCAGAACCUAGUGCAGAACCCGAACCCAAAUCUGAACCGGAACCUAGUGCAGAACCGGAACCGGCAACUAAACAUCAGGAGACAACAGAUCAUCCACCUUUGAUUGCCAUCACUGAUUUGCCAGAUCUUCAAGGUCCGUUUGCUGUGGAUUCAGACUCUGAAGUCAGUUCAGAUUCUCCCAUUGAGAAGCUGAAAGAAAUGAAGACCAAUCACACAGAAUCGGAGCCAAAAGCUGAACCAGAACCAAGUGCGGAACCUGAGCCAAAAUCGGAACCGGAACCAACUUCAGAACCAGAGCCAAAAUCAGAACCUGAACCAACUUCAGAACCAGAGCCAAAAUCGGAACAUGAACCUAAAUCAGAACCUGAACCAACUCCAGAACCAGAGCCAAAAUCGGAACCUGAAGCAAAAUUGGAACCUGAACCAAAGUCUGAGCCUGAACCAACUUCAGAACAUGAACCCAAAUCAGAACCAGAGCCAAAAUCAGAACCUGAAGCAAAAUCGGAACCUGAAACCAAAUCAGAAUCUGAACCAGCUUCAGAACAUGAACCCAAAUUGGAACCUGAAGCAAAAUCAGAACCUGAACCUAAAUCAGAACCUGAACCAACUUCAGAACCAGAGCCAAAAUCGGAACCUGAAGCAAAAUCAGAGCCUGAACCUAAAUCAGAACAUGAGCCAAAAUCGGAACCUGAACCUAAAUCAGAACAUGAGCCAAAAUCGGAACCUGAACCCAAAUCAGAACCUGAAGGUGUAUCAGUUUCCUCACAUGAGAAAACAAAUGAAGGUGGAAACCAUGAAAAAAUGGAACACAUGCAAGAAGUACCAGACCACCAUAACCACCACCAUCAUCAUACCUACUUUGAUGAUCAUGAAGACUCUGAAGAACAUGGCAAUUUCCAUGAUUAUGAGGAGGUUGGUGAUGAUGAACACGAAAGGAACCAGUACUUUGUGAUGCAUGGACUCCACCAUGGUGCAGAAAUUGUUCCUGAGGAGACACAGAAUGGAACUGCUGAGGGACAUGAGGAGGAGGAAGAGGAGAAAAAGAAAAAGAAGGGAGACCUUGAGAAGAUCGAGAUGAAGAUGCCCAAAGAGAGUGAUCUGGAGGAAGAAGAACAUAAAAGUGGUGAAGGUAAAAUGGACAUGGAAGAUUUGAGCCAUAUGGACCACUCUGUGUUUGUUCCAAUCCUAGGAGUUGAUGACGCUGACCACAAGAACAAAUCUGAAGAUGUGAACAAGACCUCUGAUGAGGGUCCACAUAACAUGGAUGAUCAUGAACAUGUCGAUGGAGGUAUGACUGCACCGGUGGAAGGUAUAGAGGCUGAGAAUGGUUUGGACAAUGCAGAACUUGAGGCACAUCUUCACAACAUUACAAUGGGUCAAGAUGAGGGGAAGACUGCAACAAAGACAGAAGAUAGCCCUGAACUGAGAAAUACUGAAACAAAGACAGAACAUAGCACUGGACAACCUGAGGUUGUGGAGGAAGGUGAUAUCAUCAACUCUUUGCCAUUAGAUGAACAUACCAAAUUUGGGAACAGUUCUAUGAUACCAGUCAAACAUAAGAAGAAGGAGCCCAGGUUUGAGGAAGGUUUGGUCAGUUCUUCCACUGAGGGUAUCUCCAUGGAAGGUCAUGGUUCAAUGACUGAGGAUCCACUAGCGUUCAGUGAUGAUGGAGUGAAUGAAGGGUCAUCAGUUGUCAAUGUAUCGAUUGGUGAAGCUCCAAAAAAGAAACCAGUUGACAACCAAGAGGAUGAACGAUUGAACAAGGUGCAGGGUACAAAAACUAUAGAGCUACCGGUUUCGGAAAGUGGCACAAAUAGUGCAGAAAUGGAACCAUCCACAACUACUCCAUUACACAUGACAAGUGAAGAUUCAUCAAUGGAACUUCAUGAAUCAGGAAUGAGUUCAACUACUGAGGGACCUGAAGAAAACAAUAUAAACACCAACGGUGACGCUGAAAAGGAAAAUGAAGACAAGAAGAAACCUGAGGAAAUUGAUGUGAAGAACACUGUUGAAGAACCCAAAUCACCACAACAAGACAAUGUAAUCACUCCAAGAACAAACAUCUCCAACGGUGAAGGUUUCAACACAAUCUUGGGUAAUGAUGCUUUCACAACUGAACACCCUCUGUUCCCUAUACAGACAAACAGAGACGAACACAAAAAGGAGAUAAAAACUGUUGAACCACAGAAAAACAGAACUGAAGGUGAAGAUUUGAUAUUUUCCAAUCAGGAAGCUACUACUGUACAUCCGAUAUUUGGGGAAGUGAAUCGAACUAUUGAUGAUACAUCUAGUAACAGUAUUGUGACAGUUUCGAACACAACUAAAGGGGAUGAAACUAUGAAGGAGGAGGGUGAAAGGGUGAGUAAUGGUGGAGGGGAUGUUUUGAACAGCAACACUGCAUCCCCUAGUGGGGGAGAUGUAGAAGGGACAACUGAGGGUGUGAAAAGUUCUGAGUCUACUGAACGCACAGUUGAUGUAUUAGGGGAGAAACAGUCAUUCACUGAGAACGUCAUAGCUGAAGAGAAUUCUUCCACUGAUAAAACGAUGAGCUCUGUUGAGGAUAUCACAGAAAAACAUGAAGUUGUUGAGGAUGGAAACAAAAAAGAUCUUCCAACUUUGUUAGCUGGAAACAAUGAGAAUGAAAACAACUCCUUUGAUGAAGAUGAGGAAUCAAAGUCGGAUUAUUUGAAAGAGUUUGAGAAGUCAGAUCUGAAGAAGAAGGAUAAAAAGUCUUCGAAGGAAGAUAGCAGCGAAUUGACGAAACAUAUUUUCGAGAAAAAAUCAUCGAAAUCUAAAGAAAAGACAACUGUGAGAAGUGAUCUGUUGAAUGAGUUCGAAUCUGCAUCCAACGAUGAACCUGUGGUGACGUCAUCUACUUCACAGUCUCCACCGUUGCAAAACGUUAAGAACGACAUUUCUGUUGUCCCUGAUCCAACACAGGGACCUCAGGAUCGGUCCACUGAGAUUUCCGAGGAGGAUGGAAGCUCCACUAACACGGGAGACAAUGUCCUCAGUUUUGGAAGUGCUGAGAAAAAUAAUUCUACCGUAGUUGACGGUAAUGUGAUUGAAACUAAGGAGCCUGAAGGUGAGACAUCAGGGGGAGAAAAAAUUACCUCAGAUGUCAAUAUGGGAUCUGUGGAACACUCAACUAGUCCUAGUGAAGUCUCCUCUGAAAGUAACCCUGUAGAUACAAUGAUGACCACUCUACCCCCAACCUUACCUGAGAAAGAUUCCGAAAAACUGGAUACCAAACCCUUGAAAGACUCCGAUGAAAUUAUGAAAACUGAAAACAGUGGUCUGGGAAUUGUCAUGACUACUGAAAGGCAUGCCGAGAUUAUACCGACGACCAUGCUGAACAAAAUUGUGGAUAAAUAUUCGGAGGAGAAAUCUACCGAGCCUAGUGUGGAGAUGAAUGGGGAUGAGAAAGAGGUAGAAGGAGAGAAGAAAGAAGAGAAAGAGGGGGUAGAAGAGAGAAAAGAAGAAGUGAAAGAGCCAGUGGGAGACAGGAAAGAAGAAGAGAAAGAAACAAUUAUAGAGAAGAAAGAUUUGGCAGUUGAUGAAGUUCCCGAUAAUAUGAUGGAGAAAGUCGACGUUCUGCCUCCUGGAUUUUCAAAAUGUACUUCAGGCCAAUUUCAGUGCGUGAACGGCACUACACGUGACGGAUCCUACUGUAUUACCAUGGCCGCCAAGUGUGACAGUGUGCCGGACUGUUCGGACGAAUCGGACGAGAUCGGAUGCGAAUCGGACAACUGUCCGGGCAACUUCCAGUGUCGGAACGGGCAUUGUCUGAGGCGACAUCUUGUUUGCAACACCAUUCUAGAUUGUGCUGACGGCAGUGAUGAACUUGACUGCGAUGCAUGGAAAUGCGAGUUCGACGAAUUCCAGUGUGCAGUGAAUGGUCGCUGCCUACCCCACACGUGGCGGUGUGACGGGAAGGCGGACUGCCCGGAUAACAGUGACGAGAUGGCCUGUGCCAACGGCGGAGAAUGUGCCAACAAUGAGUACCUAUGUCCCAAUGAAGGCCGAUGCAUACCCCUAUCGUGGCGUUGCGACGGAACCCCUGACUGCAGUGGGGGUGAAGACGAGCGUCUGUGCGACUGCGCAGUGGAUCAGAUGCGAUGUGUGGUGGGAGGGGGGUGUGUGGCCCAGGCUGACAUAUGUGAUGGCAUUGACCAAUGUCCAGAUGCCAGUGAUGAAUGGAACUGUGUCAGCAUAGAGACGCAUCUCACAUUGAGAUCGGGCCCCAGUGCUUCGGACGUUUCCCCGGUUUGCAACAAAGGCUGGUCACCGCUGUGGAGUGACGCGGUGUGCCAAGAGUUGGGUUACGCCAAGGCCUCCUCCACCGAUAACCACACAGAGGCCGAUCUCAACGCCUUCUUCAGUCUCAAGGCCGAGGCCAAGGUCGGUCAAGGUCACCUCAUGUCAGCUGUUCAGAAGGCCACUGAUGGAGAGACCUGUGAACAUGUUGUGGAGCUGGGUUGUCAGGAGUUCGUGUGUGGUCGUUCAGGCGAGGGCGCAGGUAGUGGAGCUGCGACAAACGGUCACCAACAGUCUGUGGCUGUGUUGUAUCACUCCAAGAGUAAGGCAUCUUGCACGGCUUCCAUCAUUUCUCCCAAAUGGAUGAUCACGUCCUACAACUGUUUACAUAGCAGGGACAAGCAACUAACCCCCGAUUCUUGGACAGCCUACGCGGGAGGUUCCAUGUUUGAAACCAGUUCAAACCCGUUGACACAAAGCCGAACCGUGGCGUCCAUAGUUGCUCACCCUCUAUCUGCCAAAUACCGGCAACUGUUUUACUUACACGAUGUGGUGCUGCUAUCUGUCGGCGAGCCUUUCAACUUCACAGAUGCUGUGUCGGCCGUUUGUCUGCCCAGCGAACCAAUAGACCAACGCCACGUGUGUGUCACGGCUGAUUGGGGUUACAACAAACCAGGUGAAGUGAACUUUGGCCGUCGAGUGAGCUACGUUCCAGCUCCUGACAUAGACCGCGCUGACUGCAAUUCAACCGAACAUUAUCCAGGUUUCGUUGCCACAGAGCAGAUCUGUGCCUCGUUCGCUGAAGCUGAUAAGUCGCCUUGCUAUACAAACGUGGGUGCCCCCCUGAUGUGCGCUUCGGAGGACGGAGUGUGGGAGCUGCAGGGCGUUCUCAGUCACAAUGGUCACUGUGGUCAGCGGUCUCAUCCCUCCAUUUUCACAUCUAUUACAGCUCUGCGGUCUUGGAUAGAGCUCACCGUCGGCCAGAAGUUCACCAGGAAGCCAUCAUUCCAUGUGCGCAGAUAACACAACAGCAAGAAAUUUGAACGUUCUCUCGAUUUAACAUUGAGAUUCCGUGGAAACUUCUGUAUUUUUGUAUUUGGAUGGGAGAAAUUUUGUUUGAAAAUUAUGUCCCAUGAUAACAGAUGAUAGACAACA